AUGCAGCAUGCUCCCGCCAGUGGAGGCCAAGCGGGCCUUGUAGCAGCGGUGGAGCCCACCGCGACGGAGCGGCUUGAUCACGUUGUUGGUACCCUGCUCGCCGAAAAGAAGCCCUGGCCGGCCUUUCUGACCAUCGCUGCUCGAGCGACGGAGGAGUGGGAGGCUUGCCCCACCCCCGCCCACGAGGCCCUGGGAUGGAUGACGACAACUGCAGUUGGGGUGCUCGACGCUGCGAGCGUAGGGCCCUUGGUUCCCGUGUGCCAGGCCUUCAAGUCGUUGAUCGAGGCUGUCGAAGGUGCAGCGGAAUGCCAGGACAAGCUCAAGGGGCUGAUAUCCCGGUGCGCUUUCCUCACCACCGUCUUGAUGCAGCAUGACCGAGGGGUUGGUCCCCUCGCCCAGGUGCAGAAGCCCAUGAAGGACUUCGCCACCAUGACCAACAAGCUGGCGGCGUUUACGGCGAAGUGGGCCAAGGGCGGCAAGUGCAGGGAGGGUCUCCGUAGGGUCAGCGACGACAUCGCCUUGGUGGACGGGCGUGGACGGGCUGGAGCACCACCAGCUUUGGUUGGUGGUGCUUCGCCAAUUGCGCCGACGUUGCCGUCUAUGGCCGCAGUGCCUUCCGGCGCAAUCUCCCUGACCGAUGCCCACGUUUCGCGGCCUUCAUUACUCCGGAGCGCCGUUGUUUACCUCACGAAGACGGCUCUGGGAUACGCGCCCUGCGUGCUGACCGGCAUGGCCGGAGCGGGAAAGCCGGUCCUGGCGUCCGCAGUUGUACGGGAUGAAAAGGUUCGUGAGCACUUUCAUGCGGGAAUGUUUUGGUGGAGGGUGGGUCGUGACGAGAAGGAUCAACUCCAAGAGUUUUUGGAAGGCCUUGUGUUGCGAGUGGCAUCAAGUUCAGGGACUAUUUCCCCCGUCCUUCGCAGCGCGGAAGAAGCGACGUGUCACCUGAAAGCGAUAUGUACGGACGCCGUGUCCCCGCGAUUGGUCGUGCUCGACGACGUGUGGGAGCGGGAGGUCGUUGACGCCCUGAAGCUUACGGGGAUGCAGCUGUUGGUGACCACGCGCGACCGUUCGGUGGUAUCGAUGCCAGGAGAGUGCGUAGAGGUGGGGGGUAUGCAGGAGGAUGAGGCGCUGGGGGUGCUGAGAGUCGGUUGCGGGGCACCCAAGAACCUCGACCUUCCGCGUGCUCAGGCGUUGCAGGGAAAGUUCACCGAGGCGCAUCGAUUGUUUGAACGAGCCCUGGCCAUCAGAGAAGGUGCUCUGGGGGUGGAUCAUCCGGACACGAUCAUGUCCCGCGCUUGUGUAGCGGACUUGUACACGAAGCAGGGGUUGUUGGACAAGGCGGCUCCUCUGUUGAAGGAAGCAGUCUGUUCGUUCGAGCGUGCCCUUGGGCCUGAUCAUCCGAGCGUUGCGGCAGCGCUCAACGACCGGGCGUGCUUGUUGCAGAGCCAGGGCAAGCACGCUGAGGCCGAGCCUCUCUACGAGCGACCACAGGCCAUACGAGAGAAGGUUCUAGGUCGGGAGCAUCCGGAUGUGGCCACAACGCUCAACGAUCGCGCGUCGUUGUUGCAGAGACAAGGCAAGUACGCUGAGGCCGAGCCACUCUACGAGCGAUCACAGGCCAUACGAGAGAAGUUGCUAGGUCGGGAGCAUCCGGAUGUGGCCACAACGCUCAACGAGUGGGCGUCGUUAUUGCAGAGACAGGGCAAGUACGCCGAGGCCAUGCCACUCUACGAGCGGUCGCAGGCCAUUCGAGAGAAGGUGUUAGGUCCGGAGCAUCCGGAGGUGGCCACAACGCUCAACGAUUGGGCGGGUUUGUUGACCAGCCAGGGCAAGUAUGCUGAGGGCAAGUCGCUCUAUGAACGGUCACAAGCCAUAAGUAAGAAGGUGCUAGGUCCGGAGCAUCCGAGGUUGGCCACAACGCUCAACGGUUGGGCGAACUUGUUGGAGAGCCAGGGCAAGCACGACGAGGCGGAUCCUCUGUACGUCCGGGCGCUCGAAAUUCUGGGUGCAACGGUAGGCCAAGAACACCCUAACUAUGCAUCAACGCUCAACAACCGGGCGGGGUUGUUGGCAGCCCGGGACGAGGUGGAAGAGCUGGCUGCGAUAGCAAUCACUGCCGACUCGAUGAACAAGACAGGGGGAAAGUUCCCAUGGGAGAAUUACGUGGUCAAGUGUGACGUGGCGCGGCACUUCUGGCUCAAGUCCACGGCGACUGUGAUGUACAACAAUUCUUGCAAGUCUCCUUGCUGUUGGUGA